AUGGCGGCCGCGCGCAAUCUCACAACGACCACGAGUCCCCCUCGCUCAAACAUCAUGGUGGCAGACGUGAGGGAAGAGCCCAAGACAGCCGUAAAAAACUACAAAGGCUUUGUCGCCGGAGUAUUUUCAGGAAUCGCCAAGCUCACUGUCGGCCACCCCUUCGACACAAUCAAAGUCCGCCUCCAAACAACAGACGCCUCGCGCUUCAGCGGCCCCCUCCAAUGCGUAGGCCAAACGCUACGGAACGAGGGCAUCCCGGGCCUCUACAAGGGCGCGACCCCUCCGCUGGUGGGCUGGAUGUUCAUGGACUCGGUCAUGCUGGGCUCGCUGACGGUCUACCGCCGCCUCGUCGCCGAGCGCCUCUUCCGCGUCGGCGCCGUCGACAACUUACCGUCAUACGGCCACGGUAUCGCGGGCAUCAUGGCGGGCAGCACCGUCAGCUUCAUCGCCGCGCCCGUCGAGCACGUGAAGGCGCGCCUGCAGAUCCAGUACGCCGCCAACAAAGCCGAGCGGCUGUACAGCGGGCCCGUCGACUGCCUGCGCAAGAUCUACGCGAACCACGGCGUCCGGGGCGUGUAUCACGGCCUCAGCGCGACGUUGCUGUUUCGCGGGUUUUUCUUCUGCUGGUGGGGCAGCUAUGAUGUGUUUUCAAAGUACUUUAAGAAGAACACGAACCUCAGUGCACCGGCGGUGAAUUUCUGGGCGGGCGGGCUGAGCGCGCAGAUUUUCUGGUUGACGAGUUACCCGUCGGACGUGAUCAAGCAGCGCAUCAUGACGGAUCCCCUUGGUGGCGGGCUCAACGACGGCACGCCAAAGUUCAGGAGGUGGAAGGACGCUGCGACGGCGGUGUAUAGGGAGACGGGGUGGAAGGGAUACUGGCGUGGGUUCUUGCCGUGUUUCUUGAGGGCGUUCCCGGCUAAUGCCAUGGCGUUGGUUGCAUUCGAGGGCGUUAUGCGGGCUCUGCCAGAGUAG